GAUUCAGGAACAGUGUAGCAAAUAGAUACAGCUAUUGAGAAAUAAUACUGUGAUUUGAAAGUAUUUGGAUUCCCAUCCUGUGCCCUCUAUCAAAGGUCCACAAACUUCAUCAGCAGAAGAGCAGCCAUUCCCAUGUGAAGGGCCAUGGCUUUUUGUUUACUUUGCUGCCAUACAGAUGCAUUUCUAGCCCAUCUGUGUAAAAUCUGUCAAGUCGCAUAGUGUCAAAGAGGUGGAGAAACACUCCGUGUUGCUGGUUACCCAAACCAGUGAGGCUACAAGACAAGGGAGCUACAGCUGUAUGACAGAGCUCCUUUUCCUCCGUGCAGUAAGAAGGAAUUACUAUAGCGUCAUGGGGGGAGUGGGUGAGGAGGAAGCUGGCAUUAAGUUUCACAGAGCAACGGGUAACAUGGAUUGCACCUCGGAAGGGGACAGCUGAACUCUCUCUCUGGCUUUAGUGAGGAAAGAGCAGCGAUGAAAUCCGUGGACUGUGUGCACGUCAUCCAGCAGAAGGAUACCGCCUCCUCUCCCUCUGGCCCCCCCGGUGCUGCUUCAGGCACCACGGGACUCUUUUCUGUCACAUUCCUGUGGCUUGCAAUGCUCCUGUCCUCUUGUCUUGCAGCAGUGUCUCUUUACCAUGCUAUCACCCUGAAAACAGAGCUAGAAGCUCUGCGCAGUGAGCUGAUCUACAGGGUCCGGGCAAGGUCUCCGCUAGAGCAGCCACCUGUGUCCCCUGGUGACAAGAAAGCAGGUGCCCCUGUUUCUUCCUUCCUGCAAGUGUCUGCAGCUGGCGCCAGGCAGGAGAACAGGCUGCCUGGCCCUAGCCCAGCCGAAAGUUUCCAAAAGGAAAUCUGGGACGGGAGCAGAAACAGGGGGAGAAGGUCUACUGUCCAUGCAGAAGAAACAGUGCUGCAGGCCUGCUUGCAAUUGAUUGCUGACAGCAAAAGUGACAUCCAACAGAAAGAUGAUUCAAGCAUUGUCCCUUGGCUUCUGAGCUUUAAGCGUGGAACAGCUCUGGAAGAACAGGGAAAUAAAAUAGUGAUCAAAGAAACAGGAUAUUUUUUCAUAUAUGGCCAGGUUUUAUAUACUGAUACAACAUUUGCUAUGGGACAUCUAAUACAGAGGAAGAAAGCCCACGUGUUUGGUGAUGAUCUCAGCUUGGUGACAUUAUUUCGUUGCAUCCAAAAUAUGCCACAGUCUUAUCCGAAUAAUUCUUGCUAUACUGCUGGCAUUGCAAAAUUAGAAGAAGGGGAUGAACUUCAACUUACAAUACCACGAAGAAGAGCUAAAAUAUCCUUGGAUGGAGAUGGUACUUUUUUUGGUGCAGUUAGACUCCUCUGAAGCCCUUUAUUUCUGUUAUUACGCUUAGUGGAAUUUUCUACUUCCAAGGCAUUUGUCAAAGAAAAAAGAAAUUGAAUUCUACUACAACUGCCAAUUCAGUCUCUCUCCUUCCACCAUCAGCUUCUGAAACCUAUUCUUUGGUCUAACAAGCAAACCCAAAACAGGAAGUAGACCAGACGUACUUUUGAGAUAAAAAUGUCAUGUGAUUACCAGAAAGACAAUUUAUUUUACACAAUGGGAGACUCUAAACAACAGCUGUAAGGGCAUGUUUUUUUGGCUUUGAAAUAAUUUCUGUGAAGCAAAUCAAAGGAGUUGACCACAAAGUAAAGCAUGAACAGGGCCAUUCUGUUUUUAUCCAGAAAUGGAAAACUAAAGCACAAGUGUGUCUUACUUUGCUUUGCUUCACCAAAACAAACCAACCAAAAAACAAAACAAAACAAAACAAAAAAAAAAAAACAAAAAAAACCCAAACAAACAAAAAAAAAACUGAAGCAGAAAAUACAGGGAAGGAUAAUGAAACAGUAUAUUCCUCAUCACAAAAUAGUGGUGUCAGCUAGUUUCUGUUUCUCUUUGUUGUUUGUUUCUUAGUUUGACAUAGAGAUUUGUUUUGGGAAGGAAAAAAGUCUAAAAGCACAGGAUAAUGAAGCAAAUUCUCAUAAGUAUGUGGAAUGGUAGGCACUGCGUUGCUUCUUCCCUGAGGAGAAAAGGCCAUUGCUAAAAUCUAUUCGUAUUUACUAAUUGAGUUUUACUGGGAACAGGAUAUAUAAGAUGCUUUGACAGCUCAAUCUUCAGGGAGUAUGUGCAUACCUACACGUAAACAAAGCAGACGUAGAAAGAAACACAAUGAAAUUAGGCAUGGUAUAGUAGGACAAAUUGGAUUUCUCACUUCAUAGUUUCUGCACUUAUAUGUGUGUGUGUUCUGUGUGUAUAAAUAUAUAUGUGCAGUAUAUAUAUAUAUGAAAGCAUAUACACACAUAUAUGAGCCUUUGGCACUUAGGUAUAGUAUCUUGUCUUCUUUUGGACAGCUUAUCCAAUGGAAAUACUGCUGCAUACAUAUUUGGUUUAUUUCUCUUGCUUUUGCUAUUAUCCAUGCUAAGGAAUACUGUAAAAAAGAAAAAUCCAAGUAAAGAAAAGUUGCUUUGUAUAUUGCAGUAUCCUUGACUGUUUUUAUAAAUAGUGCCGACUGAUUUGAUUGAGUUCUUAUUGUGAUAGAAAAUCAAUAAAACAGAUUUGAAGCUAAGAGUUAUGGACUAUGGUGAACUAAUGAAAGAAUUAAUUCAACUCUUCUGUGCUUCAAAAAGACAUUUCAGCAACGAGGGUAUGUGCAUUGCGUUACCAUACUGGGAUUUUUGUGAGGCCUAACUAAGUUUUCAAAAUGUAUGGAAGACCUCUGUAUACAAAUAUAUAAAAAUAUUUGUUCUUUAUUUAUGUAUCCUGGAGGUAAAACUGAAUUUUAUUAUUAUUAUUAUUUUGUAACUGCAAUGCUAAGUUUACAAGAAAGAGUUCUGAAAUAUUCUGCUGGAGUCCUCAAUUCAGCCAAAGUUUGAGUGAUGCUGCAUGUAAAUAAAACAAUUAUUAGUAUGCACCAAGCUGACUCUUAUUACUGAAGUACAUUAAAGAGGUGCACAGAAUCCUGAAUCAGAUCCUUUUUGGUUUUAGUGUUGAAUGUUUAUAUGAAAAAAAAAAAAAAAGAAAGUUAUUAUUUUCCCUCAGACUUGAUGUUUAAGUGUGCAAAAUUACCUUUUGGUAUGUAAGUUUUCCCUAAGGAUUCAGUAAGCUUGUGUAUGCUUCAUGUAAGCCAAUUCUGAACCACAGCAGACUGGCACCAUGUAAGAUGUAGCUUUGAUACAUUAUUUUAAUAAAGUAAUAUCCUUUAUUUUAAUAAAGUAA